AUGUGGAUUGAGCAUAGGAAUGUCGGCAGCCAUGAUAGCUCAACAAAACACAAGCUUUAUGCAAAAGCCCAUCAGCGGAAGCAUGCGAAAGCUCAAGCAGUGCCACAGGCUCAAGAUGACAAACAAGAUGGCCCACCGACAACAGAGGCCAUGGAUGUUAACGUCGACUCGUCCUUCGAUGUUCAUAUGGCGCCUCCAUCCGAUGAAGCUCCCACUCCACAGCCUUCUAUGACCCAUGCUUUUGAGGAUAGUUUCCGCUGGAUAGACGCGGAGGGAAGGCCAGUACUCUUCUCUGCAGGAGAGGAUCCCGUAGACCCUCUUGCAGAAUCCUUUGCCAGUGCACUUCGCAGUGAUAAUGGUGCUGGACUGCAAGAAACAGAGCGACUUCCACCUGUCUUUGAGGAUGAGGGUUGGGAUGAUUGUGAUGAUGAUGAGAUUGACGGUGAGGACGAUGAUCCUGCUGGAGGUAAUGGGAAGGCAAAAGGGGUAUCCUCUGCAGAUUUAUUGAAACGGUGGUUUGGACCGGAAAGUCAUGCUGAAGAGUGGUUCCCUUACCCUGACAAGGCGCUGUUUCUGACAAGUGUCCUCUUCAACUCACCACGGCUCCGAUUCUCCCGGUCCCAGCAAAAGGCCAUAUUAUCCUGGGCACGAGAGCUUGGUGCAUCGUCUCCAUCAUACCAUACCUACAACAAAUUUCAGAGUGCACUUGGAGAUGAACUCGGCAGUCCUACACGUCGUGAAGUGUCUGCUCAGGGAAAUGUAUGGUAUUUGAAUGAGAUUGGUGAUUCUAUAAAGAAGGACAUUUCAAACCCAGUAACUCGCCCAAGUAUGACAUUUUAUCCGGAAUGGCCUUCUGACGGAGUAAACCAAGUAUGGCAUGGGCGGAAGGUCUUAUCAGAAGUCGCCGACGGGGUAUUGACACCUAUGGUCAAGUUUGGUGGGCGCAUAUUUUAUGUCGGUGAACUGGUGAAACGCGGACCUGGCCGCUGGUUCAUACCUAAGCGAUGGUUCUCUCGCAAUGGCACAAUGUAUGCUUUUGGAAAUCAUGUAGAGGACACUGCAGACGGUCUGGUAGAGACAGAGACAGAGGCGGCCGUACCAGUAUCAACAUUCACGGCAAAUAUACAAGAAAUUCUUAGCGCUAACUCAGGAAUAUAUCCCUUUGCGUCUUCAUCUGAGAGCCUCUGUGAUCAAAUGCCUCACCCUCUACGACGAAAAGCUGGGACACAUCCAGUUUAUUCCAUUCCAAUCAUUAUCUUUAUUGAUGAUGUGUCCGGCAAUAUUUCUAAGCAGUGGAACAAACAUUGGGCGUGUUAUAUGUCCAACGGUGCGCUCCCUAGAGAGAAGUUGAUGCAAGAAUUCCAUGUUCGCUUUGUGGCAACAUCUCCACAUGCAUCACCGCUGGAGAUUAUGCAUGGAGUACGAUCCUCUAUUGAGUCCGUCUACUUUAUGCGCACCUUCGUCGAGCCAGUUGUGGCAUACGAUUGUGAUGCUCAGGAAGAAUGCCUCAUCCGAGUCUAUCCCCUAUUUGUUGCUGGUGAUAAUCCGAUGCAGGCAGAGCUUUGCAACAGUGCCGGCUUGAAUGCGAACUGCUUUUGCCGCACAUGCAAAGUGGGCGGAUCACAGGAGUAUAAGCGUUCGGAUGCCGGAUUCAGCAGCAUCUUUCUGGGAGGUGAACCCCGUCAAUACGGUGAAACUCAGGAACAUGUAUUUCAACAGUUUCUAAAAUCCCUUGAGCCAAAUGUCAUCACUGCUCUUGAUGAUGCUGCAAAGGAAUCAGGCCUCAAGGACCAGCUUGCUCAACCAAUCAUCGACUCGCUAGUUCGACUUGGCCAACAGCUACGCAAAGCUUCUCCUGAUCGUGCGGCAUAUACUCCUGAUGAAGUCCAGUCAAUUUUAACGGAGGAGUUGCGCAAGGCACAUGCGAAGGGUGCUGUGAUGAACCCGCUACUAGACAUGAAUGGUCUUGAUAUACACAAGGAUACACCCACGGAAAUACUUCAUACCGUUUUACUUGGAGUUGUCAAGUACUUCUGGGGUCAGACGAUGUGGCUGCUUGACAAAACUAAACAAGUACCACUAUUUCAGUCUCGACUCAACUCCAUUAUUGAAGAUGGACUGAACAUCCCGAAGAUCUCUGGUGAUUACAUGUGUCAAUAUCGAGGUGGACUUAUCGGCAAGCAUUUCAAGACAAUUGCACAAGUCAUGGCGUUCACCGUUUAUGAUCUUGUUCCUCGCGAGGUUUUGGAUGCAUGGAAUCUUAUUGGACGGCUCAUCGUGCUCCUAUGGCAUACCGAGAUUGACGACAUGCAGACAUAUAUUACGGACCUCACGCAAUGCAUAGACGAUUUCCUCAAUGUCACUGCCCAGUGCAGCCCCUCCAUUCUCAUCACCAAACCCAAAUUUCACUUUCUCGUACAUCUUCCUGCAUUCAUCCUGCGCUUUGGACCUGCGGUUCUUUUUUCCACUGAGCGCUAUGAGUCUUACAAUGCAGUAUUCCGAGCAGCGGCAAUCCAUAGUAAUCGAGCGGCUCCGAGUCGGGACAUUGCAUGGUCAUUUGCUGGCAUGGACUGUAUCAAGCACAUCGUUACAGGGGGACAUUGGCAGGACCGUCACACAAAGCGCUGGAUCCGCGCUGGUCCAGCGGUCCUUCGGCAUAUGCUUGUCCAUCCUGAGCAUGCAGCCUUGCUUGGUCUUCCGGUCACCAAUCGUCGUUCACCGGGUGACAUCUCUUGGUACACCAAACGAGAUGUGCGCAAGCAGCCAUCACCUAUGCCAUGGUCACAAUUAUUGGUAGCGGGAGUCAUCCCUUCUAUCCGUUUGCCAGCAACGUUCCGACCAUACACCAUAGGCAACCAGAUGUUCUCACAGCCUCGCGAUCUGACCGUUCAAUCAGGCGAUAAUGCUAAGUGUGGAUCUGUGGUCAUUUGUCGUUCGGAAGGUGGAAUGUAUUCACCACUCCGCUUUGGCAUGGUCAAGGAGCUUCUUAUGUGCUCGAAACACACAAAGCCAUCAUUAGACGUCCAUGCCCUGAUACAGCUUUUUGAUCUGUCGGACGAACUCCAUGCUCUGUUGGAUAAGCCAAUCUUGACGGUUAGCAAUGAUCAUGUUCUUCUUUCCGCAUCGGACCUUGUCUGUACCGUCAAUGUUCAACAUGACUGCCAUCAUGGAGGUUGCCUCGCUACUCGUGCUGUGCCACGCAUUCAAGAGCGCACUCUGACAUCGCAGUCCCGCAUGGUUCUCGAGCACACCAAUCAAACACGCUUCGUCUUGAAUACAGCGUCACUUCAUAAUCACAAGCACAUCACUUCAGCUCUUCCUAUCCCCCUUCGACACUACUCUUUCAAGAUCAACGAUGUUGCAUUGCUACGACGAACUGCCGCUGCAUCUCUAAGGGAUAGAAAACAGCAGCAGAUUGAAGAGAAGAAGAACCUUCUCAUGGCCAAGGUAAUGGGCCGAGCAGGUGCACCUCCGUUACCAAGAACAGGAGACACCGCUGUCAGCGAAGACGUGACAGCUAAUAUUCAGGAUGACGAGGAGUUUGUGGAUGUUUUGGAAAGUAUGUUUGUGGGACAGGACGGCACAGCAGUGGGCGAUGAGGAUAGUGGUGCAUGGCCACAACUUGAACAUUCAGGUGACGACCAGGUCUUUGACCGCAUUUUUGAUUCUGUUGUGUCGGGUCGUAAGACACCUGGUAAGAUUAAAGCUGUCCGGCCGCAGAUCAUGACAAUCGAAAAGUGCACGAACGAUGCUCUGAAAGAACUCUGCCGGCGAGAGAACCUACGGGUCGGAGGGAAGAAGGAUGACUUAAUUGGCCGACUAAAGGACCAUUAUACUGCGAUGAACCAACCACCUCCUACUGCUGAAGUACUAGACCAGAUCCACCGUGAGGUGAGAGCACAGGCAUUGCUUGCUAAAGCAAACAAGGUUACACAACCAGAAGAAGAGGCAGAAGGAGAGGAGAACAACGUAGGAGGUCGAAGGCGGAGGAAUGAUGUCUCCGAAGAGUCAAGAGCUGCAAAUGCAGCAUAUUUACGGAGCCUGAUGUCCUCCGAGGAUGAAUACGAGGGCUCACAAGACAACACCCUAACCCUGUCUAAUUAUCAGCUGCGCUAUGUCUCCGAGCAGCAAUUCAAAAAUCAAGCAAGGCCGCUCAAGCCGGGUGGUAAUGACCACAGCCAAACCACCGAAACACAGUGGGAGGACAACAACUACGGCCAGGGUUACUCGCAAGACCCAGAAGCUACACUGUUCUCUGAUGAUAAAGAUGCGGUGAAGUACGACUCUGAGUCUGAGGUUUAUUCUGAGAGUUCCGGUUGGUCUGUGGCACCUGGCCAGGCAGAAGAAGAACAGCGGAAGCAGGAGCGCCGAAGGCGCCGGCUCCUCCAAAAGGCCACAGAGGCAAGCUCGAACUUUGUCGAGAACACCAUCAAGUCUGAGCCCGACUUGGCAGACAAUAAUAACACACUUGGUGUGCAACACAGGGCUGUCGUCAACGAGACAAUCCCAGUGACUCGCAAACUUAAGAUCGCACCUAGCCACGACGAAAUCAGCGUACCCAAUGCUGAUGAAGAUGCAACCCAUGCGAUGAUGAGAGAUUUUACAGAGCCAUACGUAUCUCGCGCAGCCCUCAUCGCACGUUGCGAAAAACUCUCGGAGGAUCACGAUUUCGCCUGGGAAUGUACGAACACCGCGCGAGCUGAAUGGCAGGCCAUGUUUGACUGGACGGUAUUGCUCCGCGAGGAGCUGAAAAAGACGGACAGUUUUGUACCACAACCACCGCCACCCUAUCUCGUCAAAAAGCUCCCUCCGAGACAUGCGGAAGUCAGAGCAGAUUGGCUUGAUUGGAAGGAGGAAUGGGAGAGUGGAGAGAGGGCUGUACAACGAGCAAAAAAGCUGGAAAAGGCUAGCGAUGACGGUGCACAGGCAGAUACCGGUAAAGGCCGCAGUUUUGGGACUGAAGAUAAAGUCGGACGGAGUCAGAAAAGUUUGAAAAGAUGCCGGGGAUUCCAUGUCUGUCUUGUGCCAUGUCAAGGAGAAUCUGUGAAAUGGAUCAUGAAGAGAUAUCAAGGAUCAUACCACACAUUCAAACAAAUACCCAAGGGCUACAGUUGUGGCCCCACUCCACUCAUGAUAUUGAUCCUACUUAUUGCUCAUGCUCGAAUCACCAGCAGUGGUGAGCAUCAGCUCGCAAGGCUCGAUUACCAUAGUCUGGAUUCAUUUCUGGUAAUGCCUCACAGUGAGCGUCCCCAGAAUGAAGGUCGAGAGUUGCGACAUCGCAGUGGUGCCACACAGCAACGAACCAGGUCAGUCAUGUGACCGAAGUCUGUGCCGUGCGGCGUGCGGCCUCAACGUGAAGUUUGUUGACUUGUUUGCUAUUUGAUCUCGACAGUUCCAGCAGAUCAAUACGCUGCGGUCAUGCCUCUCUGCGACGAUCUCGAAUUCGAGGAUGACAGCAAUUUUCACGCUCAUGCCAACCCCCGGCCAUCAACACCAGGACCACCUUCCACUCCAGCUCGCUUCUCUAACCGCACUCCGGAUCCGCUGCAAGAACUCCGUCUUCCGUACAAUAUCAAUGUAGCAGGCAUGUCGUAUACGGAGACCGCGGACGUCCCGAACACUUUCGAUACGACGUCGCAGACUGAAGAAGAAGGUGAAUCGCAUAAUGGCAUUUUACGGACGACAUCGCAGGCCACGCUUAAUGCCUCCAUCUCUCAAGACCAAUCUGCGUUCUCGUUACUGGACCACUCUCUGCUUUGCCCGGAGAACCUGCGCGAGUGGACCAACUCCGAGAAGGAAAACAUCCAGGGCUUCGCGACGGCCAUCUGCGUUGAAUAUGGGGUACCGGACUCGUUGCAAGAAGACUUUAUCGAGAAAGCUCAGCUCCCGACGCACAAGCUCGUGGUCGCUAUGUGGGCGAGGAUGCUUCGGGAUCGUAUUGACGUGUCCGAUGCCACAGCCACGGCAUACUUCAAGGGCCGGCAGUAUAAGCAAUUUGUCGUCGCCAAGCUUCAUGCAACGUUCAUGAAUGAAGAUCUUCCCUUCUACAAAAAUGAUUUGACCGCCCGUUGGGUUCGGCAUAUUCGUCUCCAUUCCGCAGAUUAUCGUAUUCCCGACUCGCUUGUAGACUAUUUGACAACACAGGAGUUCGCUACGGCAAUCUCAGCAUCUUUGGGUGCUCUUCGGGGCGAGUAUAAGCGAAAGCUGACCAAGGGAUGGAAGAACAAGACCAAUAUAUACACACUCGUUGGGCAGCUCAUCGGAAAGCCUAGCGUCGAGCCGUCGGUGAAGAUGUGGGGUCGAUGGGCUUGGGUGCAAAUGAAGCUUGAAGAUUUCCAAGAACUCGUAUCCAAGGGAGAGCAGCGAGCAUCAAAGUUCUGGGAUUGGCUCGACGAACAACUCCAGAAGCGGCGCGACAAGUACAAGCAGAUCACCAACACCGAGGAGCGUAGGAAGAGUAUCAGCAAAGUGUUUGAACUGGCACUGACCAAGCAUGUUCGCUUAUGCCCUGGUGGUCUUCAACCGAGAAUCAGUGGCAUGUCUCCUUGGCAGAAGGCCAUCUACAAGACCAUCAAGGAGAUGCAGUCAUAUUCAGAGGGGGAUUUGGCGGCUGAGCCGUCCGUCGACGAGGACAACGUUGAUGGCGAGCUAGAGGAUAUCACCGCUGCGAUUCGGGCAGAGGAAGCAGAGGACGCUCCUGUUGCUCCCGUUGCUCCAUAGUGUUGUAUAGAGUAGAUUUCGAGGAUUUUGCACAACUGUAUACCCUCCGUCUCAACUUAAUAUCUUUC